AUGCGUCUUACGCCCCUCGCGCUGCGCUCCUUGCCCGCGCCGCCCUCCCCGCCCCACUUGCGGCCUACGCACAUGCACAAGCAUCUCAUGGCUCAAUUGUGCGGCCUACACACAUUUAUGCAUCUUACGACUCACGUAUCGCUGAUUUGCCACAAAACAUGCCGGGAUGGCUCCGAUUGCACAGAUCUAUUCCCGAGCGAUCUGCAAUCGCUGCCAGCUGACAGGCUGGUGGCGCCAUUCCUGACCCUCUGCCCCGAGCUGUGCAUGGUGAUGGAAGACGACGAGGCCUGCCCCCACCAGGACUCGGACGGCUCCGAGGCCGACGGCGAGGAGCCUGACGAGAAAGUGGACCUCGCCGCUGAAGCGAAGAUCAACGGCGUCAAGCCGGAGAUAGUGGGGUACGCGUGUGCCGCGAUCAACGCGAAGGAGUUCUAUAAGAAGCAAGAGAUCGCUUGGAUCCCAGAGAUGUGUUUGAAGUACCCCCAGGAAUUGGAGGACAGGCCGGACCUCAGUCCAGCUGCCAAGGAGUGCGUGCGCCACUUCCACUCGUGGGGCGCGGAGGCGCGCGCGCCCGAGGCGCUGUGCCGCUCGCACCCCGCGCUGCUCGCGUGCGGCGUGCUGCCCGCCGCGCGCGACCCGCUCGCGCCCGCGCGCCUGCUCGCCUGCCUGCUCGCCGCGCUGCGCGCGCACGGUACAAGCACGCACACGCACACGCACGCACGCACCCCUUGCCCCUCUGGACCCGUGUCGCCAACCGCCCAACGCCUCUCCGCAGGUGUGAGUGGCGUGCACGUGUGCAUCAACUCCACGGACCAGCACCUGCACCAGUUCUAUACGAAGCUCGGCUUCGCGGAGGCAGCGCGCGACGGCGGCAGGGUGUUCCUGGCGCGCACCUUC